AUGCAAGAAAUCAGUUCGGACGUCUGGAAGUUUGUAGGUGUGUGCAAAGUGUGCUUCUUCUAUCUCUGUUGUGAGCCGUGGGCCUCGUUGUCGCCGCGGCUGGACGCGGCUAGAGAUUUCGGUUGGGAUGGAAUCCAGGAGGGCUUCGGGCGCCGCUUCCGAGCGGGCGGCGGCAACGGCAGGGGAGGAAUCCCAAAGAUGGGGUUCCCAGGCGUGGCGUUACCUUCGAGAUGUUUUUCGGCGACGUCGUUUGAAAACGAGUGCGCCCCCACACGUUACACCCGCCUUGCGCGGAGGAGCGAGCAUUCGAUCAUUCCCUCCGGCGCACUGUCUGCUCCUGUUUUGGAUCUGCCGCUGGAGGGGCACGGAGGGCUCACACGAGGUGGCGUGUCUCCUGCAGGCUAUUGGCGGGAGUCUCGGCGGCGCACAUAA